AAUUGUGAGUUUAGACAAGCGAUUUAACUAAACAACUUACUGAAACAAGAAACGAAGAUCGAAGGAGAAAAACAGUAGUAGAAAAGGAAGAGGAAAAAUCGCAGAAAAAUAGAAAUUAAACCGAAAAGGGGAAGAAAUGAGUCAGAGGAAAUCUGUAAAUGGGAGGCCAUCUGGAACCGACGGUUCCGAUUUUUCCUACCGCAUGGUCGUCGAUUCCAGAUAUAAAAAGGUAGCUGCAGGAAAGUCUCGUCUCUGCUCACUGAUCUUUGUCCAGGCUUUUGUUCAAUUUCUAUCUGCGGUAGGUGUAUUUCUAUCUACAAGGCAAGGAGGCAGUCUUGAUAGACUUUCUGUUUCGUCUGGCGUUAUUUUCUUUAUUUCUCUGUUAAUAGGGGAAUUAGGUAGAAAGCGCAGCCGCGUUAACCUUUUGAAGUUCUAUUUGAUUGGAUCAUCCGUUGCGGCCCUAAUCUCAAUUGCUUGUCUCCUUAAGAGUGAAAAUUCACUUGAGGUUAUCAAGGAUUUGAGUAGGUGGGAGACAUCAAAGUUUGAACUCUUAAAGAUUGCUGCUGUUGUACUUGGGGUACUGGUACAGAUAUUUGCAAUUGCGGUGGGAACCUCUCUCAUUCACAAUAUGGCUCCUCCCAAGAGGGCAUCAUGAUGAGUUUUGCUGGUUUUAACAUGAAGGGACACCCAUCGUUUCUGGUUUCUACGUUGACAUACUUCUUGGCCAGCCGGAAAAUUCUUCUCUGUUGUACCCUUUCUCUUUUCAAUAUCGACUGGUUUCACAUUAUAACAAUACAUGGAGCAAAAUUUUGAAGACGGAGUGUAGUUCAUGUACUUUCCUUUCAAAUCGUACCUGUGUCUUAACAUUUCAAAAAAAUGGGUAUGAUUUAGGGUCAUUCUUAAGAAGUCC